AUGGGGGAGGCCAGGGGGGCGGCGGCGGCGAGAGCUGGGGUGGCGGCGGGGCUCGUGCUGGGAGCUGGCGCGUGCUAUUGUGUUUACAGGCUGGCCAGGAGCAGGAGGGCGGGAGCCGCAGCCGGGACAGAAGGAGCCGCUAGCGCUAGGGAUGGGUCAGCCCCAGGGAGCGGUUUGCUGCCUCGGAUGUCCGGGCUUUCUGUCCUUUCCAGCCUUGCCUGGGGGGGACCCUCCAACCUCCAGUCAGACACCGAUCUUCCAAAAUCACCCAGUAACCUGGAUGCCCAUCAUCUACAGAAACUUAUUCAUUUGCUUGAGCUCACAGAUGAUCCGUUAAUUCAAGAACAAGCCUUGGUCACUCUGAGCAACAGUGCUGCAUUCUCUGUAAAUCAAGAUAUAAUUCGAAAUUUGGAUGGCCUUUCUGUUAUUGGAAAGAUGCUCUCAAAUUCCAUUCCCAAAGUUAAAGAAAAAGCAAUAAACACACUUAAUAACUUGAGUAUGAAUGUUAAAAAUCAAGAAGAGAUAAAGGUAUACAUUUUACAAGUCUGUAAGGAGAUUGAGUUAUCACCUUUGAACUCUGAUCUGCAGCUAGCUGAACUUAGAUUAUUAACAAAUAUGUCUGUUACCAAUGACUACCACCAUAUGAUGACACAUGCAAUUCCGUGCUUUCUUCAUUUGCUUUCAGAAGGAAAUGAAAGGACACAGAUUCAAGUUCUGAAAGUACUUGUGAAUUUAUCUGCAAACCCAGCCAUGACAAGACAUCUUUUCAGUGCUCAAGCACCAUCAUUACUUUCACUUUUUGACAACUGCAUAAACAAAGAGAUUCUACUUAGAGCCCUGAUGUUUGCCGCAAAUUUGAAUGAGAAUAUGAAAAAUGAAGAGGGCAUCAUUACCCAGGAUCAGUACAGUGAAGAUUCAGUUUUUUCUCUGCUCUGUGGGCAUUCUACCCAAUAUACUAAGAAACUGAUGUGGUCUGGAAGGAUUGCAAUGAGCAUGCACCAAAAAAGAAAAAAUGGGAGGGGGUUUCUAUGCAUCCACUUGUUUGCCUCAGUCAUCCGAAUGUGCCACUGCCAUGGCCCUGGUGAACUACCCACCACUAGUGGUUCCAGUCCAAACCUUUGUACACCUGUAUAA